AUGACCAUCACCAAGAAGAUGCUGCUUGCAGCUGGCAGCGCCAAAAAAGCCUGCAAUAAUUAUUUGGCAGAAGUGAAAGAGCAGAAUGCGAAGGCCCAGAAACCCCAGAAGAGGAUGGCUCUGUUGGAUGAACUAGAUGAACAGAAGAAGAAAAGACGAUCGGAGGAGGGCAUCAAGGCGCUUGAGGUGAGGUUAGUGGAGUUCAGCGGCUGCGUGGGCCCCGCUGAGGUCGCUGCCAUCGCUUCAGUGGCUAACGGCGCUGUCCUCCGCAUCCGCUUGGCGGCGCCCCUGGACCUCAGCGUCCUCCGGGGGACAUACAAGGACCUCUUUGUCUACACGCGCCUCAUCCCGCCCCCUGGCCCCCUCUCCCCUACGUGGUCGCUUCCUCCCUCCCCCCUGCCACGAUUGCGCGUGGAGGGGGCGGAUGAGGGGUCCUGGGGGGCAGUGGCCCACACCAUCACCUCCCUUGCCCCCCCUGGCAAGAGGUUCAGGUGGCUGUCGCUGUGGGGCUGCAGGCUGCGUGCCGCGGAGCUGAGGCUGCUGCUGCACAAUAUGCUGGCCGCGUGCAUUAGGACGGGCGGCGGGGGUGACACGCGCGCAGAGGUUGGCAAGGAGGGAGCUGUUGUCCUCCACAUCACUGAGCGCGUGCCCCCGGGAGGACCAGUGGUGCCCAGUGACGCCCAGCUGCAGGAGGCGCUACAGGAACACCUGCGCCUCCGAAGACAAUAA